AUGAAGGUGAACGCAAGAUCAGAAUGGAUGAAAGCACAGAAACAUGCCGAUGUGAUGGCGCCGGGCGGCCACUUUGAAGUCAUACAGACUCACGAUGAGACAUCAAUUUUCUUCUCUCUGGGUACCGACGGCGUGGUGAGUAUGCUCUCCGAUAGGUUCCGCGCUUCACUGACGUCCCAUAGCUGUACGCUACGAAAGAGGUCCAGACGAGUACUGCCGGAUUCACUCGUGAGGACCUGAGCAGCGGCCUCUCAUCGCGGUUCAACGGGAAGGUCGUGACAGCGAAAGCUUUCAGUGUAUCUCAAAAUGCUUUUACAGGCAAGUGGGAUCUCCUCUUGGCGGCAACGUGCGAUGGCUCCGACCACUUGUUCGUCUCGCAAGGCAACAGCUAUGACACUAGUACCGCUGCGACACCAGGCAUCGCUUGGUCCGUGAUUCCUUUCGACGGGGAUGGCGCCGACAGUGCUUCCACCAACAUACAGAUCGCGGACGUCUUCGCUUUGAAUAGUGCCAAAGCCGGCAGCAUUUGCGUUGUCGACAUUUGGCGCUCUGCAGGCUCAAAUAAUUCGCUGGACCGGUAUUACGUUAUCUCCGGCCAUUCACCCCAACAGUGGAAUCAGCAUCUCCUGGCCAUUGAUCUGGACGCCGGCAGCGUGAGCACUGUCCUUGGACAGAGGUCUUCCGACAGUAUCCCUGGCCUUUACACGUUCGGAAUGAUCGAUGGGCAAAGCGAACUGAUCUACGCACCCAUCUACAACUUCUUCCGGCCUAGCAAUCCUCCCAGCCCAGCGCGACUAGCGCUUCCAGCAGGCACAACCUCCAUGUCGGCAGCGAGUGACCGCAGCGGCCAUACGAACUUGUUCGUCUCACACGUUGGAGGCUUGUCGGUCUUUCCGCCGUCUGGACAACGGGAUGGAGCUACUCCGGUUCCUUGUCUGGCCGGCCCGCUGGUCUCUGGGGCCACGCAGUUACAGUCUUACACAGUCGAAUCCACAACUUCUGUAUGGGGUCGUAACGCCCAGGGCGGUCUAUUCUACGCCACUUGCCCUGCGGGAAACGAAGCUCAACAGUCGUCAUGGUCGACUCCAGCUCUGCUUCUGCCUCUGGUAGAGGCCUUCGCAUUCUACAAUGGUAUAUCCACUAACAGCCACACGCUGUUCGCUCACAUCAGCGGUCAGGACAUACGGGAGCUCGACCAAGAUCCAGUAACCAGCAUGUGGCGUGAGCGUAAGAUCAUGCUUCCCAGUACGGACAUCAACGACAUGGUAGAGUUUGACAGCUACACAACUAGACUGGAGGUCCUGGACUCGAAUUCCAUCCCGCAGCCCAACGUUGGCAUUAGCUUGACUUCCAUAAGUCCUGUUCCCGUGUUCGUGGACGAAGUAUACUACGUCCUCAACCCCAGCAAUCCUAUCACUUUCAAAACAGAUGGGAAUGGAUCCGUGACAAUAGUGCAGCAAACGGACUCGUUGGCAGCAGUUUGUUACAUGGUGGCACCAACCGCGCCUAAUUCGCUGGCAGUGCUUGUAGAUCCCUCUGCAACAGCCGUGCAGAAGCUCAACUCUAUUCAAUCUGGAGAUGAUCUGGCUGCGGUUCGAAUUGCCGAUUCUGAUGGAGUCACAAGGCCGCUGCUCCCUUCUUCGACUAAUGCGGACGAUCGGAACGCUGCAGCUCAAGCGAUCAAACAAUUUUGCGACAUCGGUAAAGGUCUUGACGCCAACGGCACGCCCUCUGGCAAGAGCGUGCCGGCAGUCAAGAGCCUUGCGGCUUCGCCACAACCAGGUCUGUAUCGGCAUGUCUCCUUGAAUCGAAGUAUAACGGGCUUAAAUCUCCGGACAGGUACGCACGUGUUUUCAGUGCACGUCGACAAUGGAACGAGUAGCACUCCAAGUCUCGCCUUUUCGACUCGAGAAGCGAGCGCUGCGAAACCGAAUACCGUUGGGGUCGUCUCUAAGGAGUCGAUUGGAGGAGACUUGGUCGGAGGCCUCGUCAAGGUUGGCGACUUCUUCAAGAUGCUUGGUGAGUCAAGCAAGCGUACCAAAGUGUCUUCAGCUGAUGAGCUCUAGCGAAUGCCGCUUUAAGCGGACUCCAUACCCUGUCGGUCCGUAUCAUCGACGGUGUCCACCAUGUCUUUGCAACAAUAGGUGGAGUCGUGUACCAUGCACUAUUGGACUGCAUCUCUGCUGUAGUGCAUGCCGUCGAAUGGGUCUUCCGCCAAGUCAAAGUUCUCCUUGCCGACCUCAUUUCUUGGCUCGGCUUCAUCUUUGGAUGGAAGGAUAUUGUGCGAACACACAGCGUCGUGAAGAACUUGAUCAAGCAGUAUGUCAGGAAAUCAAUCAACGAGAUUGGUACGGUUGAAGCCAAGAUAUCGGAUGCUUUCGACGGCCUAGAAAAGAAAUUGAAUGCCUGGACGGAUGUUACUGACCCUGGGUUGACGAUCGGCUCCAUGGCUGCGGCAAGAGAUCUAAACGACGGCGGCUCGAGCCCGCAGUCGCAUUGGGGUAUCAAUCACGCCAGAUCUCAGAUGAACAAUGCCAAAGUCGAGGACCACAACUCUGUAGUCGGGGGACUGGAGACGGUGCUUCACGACAUGGAAGCCCUCGUCACAGAUGAGAUUGACGAUAUCAAAAACAUGAUCACUCAAAUCCGGACACAAAUCGUCGAGGCCUACAGCGGUCUGACACCAAUUCAGAUUGUGAAAAGGCUCUUGGGAAUUAUUGGCGAUCUGCUCCUGAAGUCGGCGAAGAACGUCAUCGUCAAGAGCCUGGACAUCAUCCGCGCUCUGGCCGACAGCUUGGUGAAUGUGCUGGACGCCCCUAUCACUAUUCCCAUCUUGUCUCGUUUUUACAAAGAGCUCACUGGCGCCGAUCUCAGCAUCCUCGAUCUGGUUGUACUCAUCCUGUCAAUUCCUGGCACCAUCAUGUACAAGAUAGCGGUGGGCUCAGCACCCUUCCCAGACGACGAGGACACGGCUAAGCUGGCCAAUGCUACUGACUUCCAGAUCAUUCAAGAUAUUGCAAAUCCUGGGCCUCAUGGGGCCAUAGCCAUGCCGAUGAUAAUGCCAACACAUCCUCAGAAGGUAGUCGUCCGUGUACAAGCGGACACACGGCCCAGUCUAGGUGCCAAGGUAUACCGUGCGUUUGCUAUCUUUGGCAGAUUCUUCGGCGUGGUCACCACAUGGCUUGGACAGAUUGUGCAGGACGCCAAAUGGGCCAUUAAGCAGGUCAAGGGCUUCCCCGGAGUCGACGGUACUCCUACACCAUGGAAAGUGGUCGGGACAGUGAACAGUAUCGUCGGCGUCGUGCCAACCAUCAUCAACGCCUUCAACCGCUCCGGCGCUUGGGAAGUCAUCAUGACCGACACGAUCGCAGGGCUUGGUCUUCUUCGCACUCUGAUCGGCCUGACGCCUGUUGCCGACACGGAUCCAUGGAAGAAGUCGGAUCCGUAUGUGUCCGUCUUCUUUCAGCUUACGCAGAUUCCGCCCCCGGUUGGCAAUAUCAUUGAAGGGAGCAUCAAAGGAACCGCAAUCGCAAGUGAUUACGUCGGCCUGGCGGCGUCCCUGUUCGGCAGAUUCACUGGCAUCCUCAAUCCGGUCUCGAUGGCUCUGGAUGAUCUUGAGGUGGAACUCGUUAUUGUGGCAGCGGCGAACAUCACCUGCCUCUUGCAGGGACUUCUAAUGAUUUCCAAUGCUGGGAUGGUAAUUGCUGGAAAGUAG